AUGGGCACUAGCCGCAGGCACGAAGGCAACAGCGGGCGCAGUGUGCUCCGCACCCUGUUUGCCUCGUGCUUUCACAAACGACCAGGGCAACCUCCACCAAAGGCGCCGCCUAGUGAGGGAGCGACCGAGACUGACAGCGGCGACUCAUCACUGCAUUCUCUCCCGGUCCCUACUAUUAAUUCCAAUCCAAAACCUGCACCACAGCUCUCCAUUAGAGAAGCCCCACCCAACACCAUCAAGCCUCCAGACAUCAUCAUGCCCAAGGCACCGAAAAAGUCAAAGUCUGCCACCAAGAAGGCCGCCCCCGAUCUGUCGGCCAAGGGGGCAAAGUCCAAGUCGAAGGACAGGUCGCCACUCAAAUACUUUUCUGCCCAUGAUGGAGCUUCGAGUGCGAAGCAGCAGGAGGCAGACGCGCGAAAGAAGCAGUUAGAAGCCAUCUUUGAUGAUUUCGAGACUGACGAGGACAAGAAUGACAACCACGAUAGCGGGGACCCGGCCCUGGGGGCAGAUUCAUCCAUGCGCUACCUCGAGGCUGUGGGCGCCAACCCUGCCGAUUACAGCCUGCUUGUGGUGUGUGAAAUCGUCAAGGCCAUGACCAUUGGAGAAAUCACCAAGGAAGGCUUUGUGGAGGGCUGGAGCGAGGUCAUCGAAACUCUCGACGCCAGCGUCAAACCCGACCUGGCAACCCAAAAACGCUAUGUCCAAUCUCGGAUGAAGCAGGUCUCCCACGACCCAGCCUAUUACAAGAAGCUGUACCAGUACGCCUUUGUUGUUGGGAAAACUAACAAGGCCAUGGCCAUGGACACGGCUUGCGCUAUGUGGGAGAUGCUUUUCGACGCCGGCAUUGGGCACGAGUGGAAGACUGCCAAUGUCAACUGGUUGGAGUCGUGGUCAGAGUACCUGCAGGAGAAGUUUUACGUUCCGCCACCAAAUCCCGACGCGGCUGAAGAAGGAAAGUGGACACGCACCGUGAGCAAGGACUUGUGGAACCAGACAUUGGUGUUCGUCAACAAGACGCUCGAGGAUGAGUCCCUUGGUUUCUGGUCCGAGGAGCAAGCUUGGCCAGGCAUCAUCGACGACUUUGUGGUCUGGUGCCGGGAGAAGGGGAUUGUGGCUCCCAAGGCCAAGGACGACAUGGACGUGGACGAGUAG